AGUGAGGCGUCUUCUUCAUGGUCUUCUUACCAAGACGUCAACUAUUAUCUCUGUAGCAAGCUGUAAACAGGAACGUAAGUUACCUAGGAACGUCGUUUUAAACAGGCUGUUGUAGCCGUUUAUCGAUAGUAACACAGCUCACUGUACAAGGAAAAUGGAAGACGAUACACUAACGACGCUGAAAAUAUUGAUAAUAGGAGAAAGUGGUGUUGGGAAGUCCAGCCUCCUUUUGAGAUUCACAGAUGACACAUUUGACCCAGAGCAAUCAGCAACAAUAGGUGUUGACUUCAAAGUGAAGACCAUUACUGUGGACGGUAACAAGGCAAAACUGGCGAUAUGGGACACUGCAGGACAGGAGCGCUUCCGAACCCUGACGCCCAGUUACUACCGCGGUGCCCAGGGAGUCAUCCUGGUUUAUGAUGUCACGCGGCGGGAAACCUUUACCAAGCUUGACAACUGGCUCAAUGAGCUUGAGACCUACUGCACGAGGAACGACCUCGUGAAAAUGCUUGUGGGAAAUAAAAUCGAUAAGGAAAACCACGAGCUAGACAGGGCAGAAGGGCUGAAGUUUGCAAGAAAACAUUCCAUGCUUUUUAUAGAGGCGAGUGCUAAGACUCGAGACGGUGUUCAGUGUGCAUUUGAGGAGCUGGUGGAGAAGAUCAUCCAGACGCCCGGCUUGUGGCAGAGCGAGAGCCACGGCCGAGGAGUCCAGCUCAGCGACGAAGACGCGGGAGGUGGAAGCUGCGGCGGCUACUGCUCCCUGGUCUAGACAACACACGCAUACAUUCACACACACACACACACACACGUUUAAACAUGCAUGUGAAUGCCAAACACAGUGCCACACAAGCAUACACCCCCUCCCUCCCCAUCUCCCACUGGGUGCUGUCCUGAGCUGAGCUCCCUCCUCAGACAUGAAGGCAGUGGAGGUCCGACUGACUCCCCACACAGACACUACUUUUUUGCACACUUUCUAAUAAUAACAGCGCUGCCUAAAAAAAAAAACCCCGCAAAAGCAGCUCAGCCUUCCUCUUAAUGGAAUUUGAGUGAGUUUUUCUCUCCUCUCUUUUGUUUUGAGUUACAGAUAUAGUUGUUGUUUUUUUAAGUUUCGGAUCCUUGGUCAAAAUAUGAAAUCAUUCUCACAGUGUAGGGAAAUGAGUCCAAAAGUACAAACCAAAGUGUGUGUGUGUCAGGCAUAUGGCUAAAUGUCUGAAGUAUGAUAAUGAGAAUGGAAACACAGUUUUGACCAAGGGUUUGUUUUCUUGUCUCCAGCAUGCUUAUUGUCCUCGGAGCAGCCUUAGUAAGCACAUCUGUAUCAAUGCAGGGCCGACUUUCCUCCAGCGUUUGUCUUUUUCCUUUGAUCCUGAUCCUGCCCCCAGACUCUAUGAACAUUAUGCUGCUGCUUAUGGAGAAGCUUAUCAAGCCAAGCCAUCUUGUUUUCCAUCGCACCACUCUCAGUCAAAGGCUUGGAUCAUGUGUCUCUGUUGUCCACACAACUGCCUCAUUUCUUCAGAAUAUAAUAGAGUUACCAACUGUCUGGAAUGACGCUUUACUACUUUUUAUUGACUUGGACUUCAAAACUUUUGGUGUGUUUUUGAAGAGUGCAUAAAUCAAAGAGAUUGGCGGCACCAGCAAGCUUUCCACUGGGUGCCGAAGAAGAGGGAACCUCUUUAAAAUUGCACGCCUUUGUUGUAACGAGUCGCUUUUAAUGGAGUGCGACCUACUGGCACUCCCUCACUCAGACAGAUAAUAUCAGUAAUAACACUCUCACUACUAUGGUUUUUCAUAUAGAUCCCUUUGACUGGACAGAGACAAAGGAAAAGUGUUCAAUAUUAGACGGGGCAGUGAGUCAUAAGGGUGUUUCCACUGAAUUUGGAAAAUCAAAGCAAAAGCUGUGUGCUCCACAUCGCUAAUGGAUUUCACAGUACUCCUAUCUCCUGUGUUUGUAUCCUAGAAGCAGUUAUAAUACGUACUGUACCCCCCCCCCCCCCCCCACCUCUGACCAUGUUUGUAGUAUUCGAGUGCUGACGCGUGUUCUGGGAAAUGUAGUCCUGAGAGUUCGAUCUUGUAACAGGGAUGGUGAAAAUGACAUGGAUUCAAGCAUGUCUUAUCACAAAUGGAAUUAUUUUGAAUUAUCUUUUUAAUUGCAUGGGAAACUCUGCGUGCCAUUUAUUUGUGUUCGUUUGUCCGGCGAAUGGCCUUUUUAUGGCUUUUAACUAUAAACACUUUAACUUAUAUUUAGCUGAAAAUAAAACGUUGCAUAGCGUUUUAAUUUAAUGGUAUAAUUAAACAAAAGGAAGUAGGCUUUUACUUAUUUAACUGGUAUAGCUGUCUUUUUUUGUCUUAAGAAAUAUGUUGAAACAUGUAUACCUUGUAAAUUGUGUGUAUAUGUAGGAAUUUGGUGGGAGAAGUUCUAUAUGAAUUGUAAAGCUGAAUGUAUACAUAUUUCACUACAACCCGGCCUAUGUAUUCAACUGAAUAAAAUUCUUUUUUUUAAUUAA